AAAGGAUAUGUCGGCCACAGUCAAGCGGCGCGCCUCCUCCGGGCCCCACCACCAACAACCGCAGCAGCAGCAACAGCAGCUGGAGCAACGUGCACGCAGUCAAAGCAUGUCGCUGGCAGGCGGCUUCAUCGAUAGCUGGCGCAACAAAAUGCAUUUCCUACGCCCACGCUCCGGUGCUGACAAUGCGCAUCAGCGACAGCCGCUCAUGGAGGAAACAGUUGUCAGUGCAAUGCCCCCCCAGCAGCAGCAAUCGCAGACACAGGCACAGACAGAGGCGCAAACACAGAUACAACUGCAGGCAGCCAAGCCGCUGACUACAAUAGCUGAAGAUGUGGCCGAAGCAACAACCGCAACAACAACAACUACAAAUGGCAACAAUGGUUGCAUGGGCGUGGUCAGAGUAAGCAUGAACGACGCUGCUGCUGAUCAGUCCUAUAUAGCCGAUGAGGCGCUUUAAGUCAACAAA